UCGAGGGCAGGGCGGCACAAGGAAGGAACGCUGCCUUGGAGCGCGGCGUGCGUACCGAAGGGACGCGUUGAUUGACAGUCGGAGGCACGGAGCGCCCCGUGCGGCACACAAGCGGAGCACGCUAAUCUCCCCGUACCCGUCUUGUCAAAGGCAUCUCUGUGAAAUACCAGCCAGAUCAGCCUGGCGCAAAUAAAGGAGGCUCUAUCCAUCCCCUGGGCUCGGUGUUUGGAGUCUUCUCGCCGAUUCAACGAGAAAAAGAAGCAACGCGGCAGCACUGCGACCCUAUCCCAUCCCGUCUUUACCUGUUCGGUCACAACUGGACACAGUCUGGACUAACCUGGCGUCUUAAAGUAUCCUGGACACGGGAGUGGAUGGACAGAAAGGUCAGGUUGCACUUUGCAGUCUGAGCCAAAGAAGAUUUUGUCGGUUCCUUUUUAUGGAGUAAAAGGACUGCGCCCGUUGCUUUCGGGAUCCUCUUUGGGGUUAUUUUUUGUUUUUGUGAAAUCCAACAUAAUUGUGAUGUGUUUGUGAGUCAAGUUACAAACCCUGGAGCCGCUAAACACUCCUUUUCAUUAUUUUUAAGUGGAAUAACGGGCAGAUUAUCAGGAGACUCUCGGGAGGAAUUUUGGUGCGUAAAUUGUGCGGUGUGUGCGGUUGCUGAGCCGCAGAAGUAGUUGUGCCUCCCUUCUUUUCUUGCGUUUAAUACCCAGUUUUCCCAUGGAGAAGGCUAAAACACAGGUUAAGACUUUAUAAAAGGAGCGGGUUUAUUCUCUGUCGCCUGGAACAAACAGGCGGAUCUGAUGCGCAGAUUCUCCGUAGGAUGGUAAAUGACCAAUGGGGAAUCAUGAACAGCUCUUCUGAACUCGAAGAUGGGACUCGGCAUAAAAACCAGACGUUCUGUGAGUGUGUGCCCAGCUCCUCCCAGCUCAAACAUCGCUGGUCAGACUCAGAAACUGCCAGGGAGACCCCGGCCAAGAGGAUGAGCUGCAGCUACCUGCUCUGCACUAUCCUGCUAUUCGUGGCUGUAUUGCUGGCUGUCACCGUAACUGGCACCAUCCUUUUUAUGAAUCACUACCAGGCCCCACCCAUGUCUGAUGGCCUACCCCACAUCUCUACCAAUCAGGAUGAAGCCAAUGCCCUGGUCACUGUUGAGAGAGGCGACGGCUCUCGUAUCAACAUCUUCAUCGAUCCCAACUGUCCCGACUAUAACAGUAACUUUUUGCGCCUGGAGGGUGUGCAGACAUCACUGCUCCACUCGCUAACUGACCAUGACUCUGACCUGAAGUCAGUGAAAGGCCAGGAUCGGGCUCUUCUUGUCAAUCUGGCUGAGGAGGUGGCUAAGCUGUCAGCACACGCCGGGCAACUGAAAAUGGACUAUGAAUCCUUGCGCAGGGGGCAGGGCAGCCUGGGGCAAGACCUCAACACGCUGCAGACGGAGCAGGGACGCCUCAUACAGCUGCUGUCAGACAGUCAGAUCAACAUGGUGAAGGUGGUGAACUCGGUGAGUGAUGCUCUCAAUGCCAUGCAGAAGGAGAACGUGGGCCUGAAGGCGCGUGUCAAGGCCGACUUGCAGAGGGCACCAGUCAGAGGGGCCCGUUUCAAGGGCUGCGCCAAUGGCUCACGUCCCCGUGACUGCGGUGAUCUGUACGCCAGUGGUCAGAGAGAGGACGGCAUCUACUCAGUGUUCCCUGUUCACCACCCCUCAGGCUUCCAGGUCUACUGCGACAUGACUACGGACGGAGGAGGCUGGACGGUGAUCCAGCGCAGGGAGGACGGCUCAGUCAACUUCUUCCGAACAUGGGAGUCAUAUCGGGAGGGAUUUGGCAAGAUCACCGGUGAACACUGGCUCGGGCUGAAGCAGAUCCAUGCCCUGUCCAUCCAAGGGAACUAUGAGCUUCGUAUCGACUUGGAGGACUUUGAAAAUAGCACUGCUUACGCCCAGUAUGGAACCUUUGGAGUAGGCCUCUUCUCAGUCGACCCUGAUGAUGAUGGAUAUCCUUUGACUGUGGGGGACUAUUCUGGCAAUGCAGGUGACUCUCUGCUGAAGCACAACGGGAUGAAGUUCACCACCAAAGACAGGGACAACGACCACUCGGAGAACAACUGCGCCUCUUUCUACCAUGGUGCCUGGUGGUACCGCAACUGCCACACCUCCAACCUUAACGGCCAAUACCUGCGCGGCCAGCACACCUCCUAUGCCGACGGCAUCGAGUGGUCCUCGUGGACUGGCUGGCAGUACUCCCUCAAGUUCUCCGAGAUGAAGAUUCGACCUACCCGUGACCCAGAGAAUAAAUGAGAAAGACAAAAGGAUAAAAGGAGGAAAAAGAAGAAGUUUUUUGAAACAUUACAAACCACAGUUUCUGACAGCUAGGCGGAGUUACUUGUCUUGAUAUUGUUUAUUCACUAAAAAACAUACCUCUUUGAGUUUAGUUGACUCUGCUGUUUGCCUCCUGAUGUCUCGCUCCCUUUUUGCUCCUCUUCCUCCAUCACUCAGCUACUAGUGUCAUGCCAGCUACCAUUGUCCUUCCCCCUGGUUCCUUUCUUGAAAAAAAAUGUAACCGUCAUCAUGAAUAUUUUUGAUCAUUCAGUUCACACAAACAGCUUACCAGAGCUCACAGUCCACUGCGCUAGCUUUACUCAGUCUGACAUGGUGGUCCAAGCAUCACCUGCAGGAUCACACACCAGUAAUUCGCUCCUGACAUGUAACUCUGACCUCCCAUCUGUGCUGACAUGGCACUUUGAUUGUGGUUCAGUCUCACUGCCCAUUGCUGUAUAAUCUGUGAGGGGAGAGGGUUGCGCCACAUAUAAUAGAAACAGACAAACUCUUUGCAAAAAUAUGAACGGAGAUAAAAAUCCUCCUCCUUUCCCCAUUUGCAAAGGAAGUUUCCCCGGUGAGAAGGGACAGCGCAGUGGUACACUAUGUCACAUUUACAUCCUCGAUCUGUGUGAAUGAGACCCAGCAGGGUAGUGGCAAGAAGUGCAGGGCCUCAGAUAAUUAGAGGAAGACAGAGACGGAGAGAACGAGGAAACAAUUUGACAAGAGGUAAAUUAGUCGAAAGGAUGAAGGGGGAGCAGGGUGGAUCAAAGGGGAGAGAGGAAGUGGAAGAAGAGGAGGUGCAAAAAGGAUGAGAAAGAGAAAUGAGAAAAAGGAAGAGACAACGGAGGAUCUCAUUCAUCUGACUUGGGCCAUUAGGGAGCAUAUUGGGCACUUUGUCUGAUCUGCCUGCCAGCUGAGUACUGGCCAACUGAUGCAGCACUCACAGAUGGUAACCCAGCACUUUGUGUGUGUGUACGUGGGUAUGUGUGUGUAUGCGUGUGUGUCUAUGACGGAGAGAGACAGACAGAGUUCUCUAACAUUAUCAAUUUCCUGUCAUGAGUUCAGUAGAGCGUCUCGACUGACUACAAUGUUUAGCACAGACAUGAUGCAUGGCUGGCAUACCUUUCACUCUCCAUUUAAGUAGUUAACAUCAAAUAACAAAGCCUGUAAUGUAUGUACAUGUGACAGGAGGGUAAAGACACUGACAACAAUUUAAAGGAGACCAACGGGAUCAGAGAAUGAAGGAGGAAUCAAAGACUGUGUCAUGACUUCCCACUUCCCUCUCGUCUUCUCGGACCUGAUGAGGAAAUGUUACAUUUUUGCCAACGACCCCACAUUCCCACCUCUUUGGUUUGUCCUCUGAUUUGUAAUUUUUUUUCUCCUUUCCAGGUGAUUCUUACGGGAUCCGUUUGCGUGACACAGUUCCUCUUGUCAUGCAAAGGGAGAGAAAGUUGCUGUAAAAUAAGAUUUGACGCUCUCAGCCACUGUCUUUUUUUUUCUUCUGAGUAGGAAUUCUACAAUGUGUUAUGGCAAAAACAAAAUUGCCGAAAGCAAAAAAAAAAAAAAAAGAAUAACAGAAAAAGAAAAAAAAUGUCAUGAAGAAAAACACAAAGGCAAACUGUGGGCAGAAAUAGUGCAAUCCUGAUUUUCCGUCUUUUUUUUAAGUCGGUGAAUCAACUUUUCUCAGUUUCAUCGAGUUUAUUUGGAUGUACUAAAAGCUUUAAAAAAUUAUCUGUAGAUUUUAUUGUACAGUGUUUAUGACUUUUAGAGCAUGUGAAGCUGUUUUCUUACUAUGCUAAAACACAAAGAGUACUCAAGCACAUGGACUUCACAAAAUCCACCAGUUAAAACAAACAAAAAAAAAAAAUCAACAAGUGAAGAAAGUAUUUACAGAACUUUUUUCCCUUCCUCUGCCUGAAAAGCAAGCGAGAGUGGCCUGUGCCGCUUUGAAGGUCGGAUAUGAGUGACGGGGAGGAAUGUGAUUACCCCUUAAGCACAUGCCCGUUCAAAUCUGCAGCACAAAUAUAAAUCUUUUUACGGAGGCACAAAAAUACGAGAGAGAGAUUUCAAACCUCCUGGCACAUUUAGCUGCCUUGCUGGACAUAUGUGAUCUUUCUGACAUCUUGGCUUCGGAAAGCCCCAUGGCGCUGGGAGACAGUUUUGAAUGUGUGCUGAAGGGUGUUGCCCCAGCUGACAGUGGGUUAACGUGUAGCACCGAGCAAUGUUGCACCGGAUACCUCUGACACUGGAACAGCUGUGAGCUUUUCUGUCAUCGCUGGUGCUGGGGAAGGAUCUCCCAUUGCUGUUUGUGCAGCGCCUCGGCUGUGUGCAUACAGCUAUACGUCAUGUCUCGGCGGACUGCUGCCACCUCUCUUCAACAUCAAAGCACAGACACAUGUUGCAAGUACUUGCUGGUUUUAUUAUGGCACAAAGAUGGAGGUUUGAUAAUGUCAGAGGAUAUAGCGAAUUUAAAACAAGCUCAAAAUGUAUGAGUUCACUUGGGGAGAAGGGGACUGGCGUGUGAGAGCGUAUGCAAAUGUGUGUGUGUCUCUGUGCUAGACAGAGGGUGUGUGUGUGUUAGCGCGUGUGCACAUGUGUGCGUCUACAGUGUCUCUGUGUGUAUAUGCACAUGCUUCAGUUUGUACAUGCCCAUGUGCAUGAGCCAGAUGACAGAGCGGGAGGCUGAGUGCGUCUCUCUGUGGAAUUUUGAAGUAAUGUGAUGCUUAUGUACAACUUGCCUCCCCUGCUAUUUGUGUCGAUAACAGAGAGAUUUACAUAAUUAUAAAGAACUAUUACUUAUUGUGAUUGUGAACCCAUGAGAGUGGACACCACCUUCUGGUACUGUGUUGAAACUGCGCUCGUACCCUAAAACCCCCCCGAGAUCCCACUCCCUAAAAAUCUUUAUCUUCACCUCGACACAACGUUGUGCUCACUGUAUAUGUUAAUGCUAUGUCGCCCCUUGUUAUUAAAAUGUAAAGUAUUAUUUGCCAUGCCCCCUUCUGUGUUUUUGUUGAGUGAAUGCCUUUAUAGUCACUCUCUCUGCUGCAGCUUGCUAAGUCUCCAAUGGAAGAGAUGAUAAAAGAGUGAAAUCAGAGGUUCUAAUCAUUCCCAGUUAUCCCGCUCAUUACAGUGCAUCAGCAACCCCCUGAUCGAUCCCCCAGCUCCCCAAACCUUCUAUCUUUCUUACUGUGUACCUCCUUAAUUGCCUUAGCCUCUGCUGCCAAUUCCCCCUCACUCCAUAGCUCCUAAAUUCUCCUCUCUUCUCUUCCCGGCUCCCGACUCCCUGCCUCUUUAUUGCUCUGCUUUUUGCCCCACUCUGCUCUCUCCCUGCCCUCAGUCCUCCCAUUCCUUCAGUCCCAGCGCAGAACUAACUCUGUUUUCUUUUUCUUUUCUUUUUGGUGAAGUACUAUAGAUUGUUUUGCUGAAUCUUGAUACUGUGUUUUAAUGUUCUUGUCAACAUUUAA